UGAUGGAGACUACGUACAUGUUUUAUUGGAGACUUGAAAAGACCUAUUGGAUGAAAAUAGCCUAUGGUUUACGUCGUGAAAAUGGUGUGAUACUUUGCGGCACACGGAAUUGAGCACCGCGGGUGAUUCCCCACCUCUGUGAGUCUCCAUCACUAUAUCUUCUCAGUUUGUCUCGUAUUCGUCCUCCAGGCAGAGUGCGUACAACCCUCAUCGAAGCAGACACAGCCGCGCAUGGCCGCCAAUCUGUUCCGUUUAUGGGGCACAGCAUCUUUUCAGGCAGCCUACACCGUAGAAUACAUUCAGACAACGCAGUCCUUUAGGCAACAGGAUUUCAAAUACAUUUUUUUACUUGAUAGCCUUUCAAGGAAAUAUUAUAUUUUUCUUUAUUUACGUUUUCCUGGCCAACUGGAUAAAAAUAGGCUAUAUAUUAUUUAUUGAAACUCCUUUAUGGCCAGUAUUUAUCAAUAUCAAUGGAAUGAUACGUCUGCUGUGCAGUCCUGCGCUUCAUCGGAUACCUGGCUGGUUUUACAGGGCGUGGUGUUCAUGCUAAACACUACAGGUGACACAGCUCAGGAGGUGGUGUACUGGAGAGACGCGUGUGCCGGUGAGACGCCACCAAAAAUGUACAGAACAGAAAUCAAGACUGUUUACUAAGGAGAUCUCUACAAUAAUAUUUAGCCAAAACCCAGAUAUAGAGAGAGUGUGAACUUGACUAAAGCCAAAAAAACAUGACUCACUUGCAAGCGGGCCUGAGCUCCGAGACCACAGAGAAAGCUCGUCAGGAGCUCAACGAGAACCCUGACACCCUCCAUGCGGACAUCCAGCAGGUGCGCGACAUGAUCGUGACACGGCCCGACAUCGGCUUCCUGCGCACGGACGACGACUUCAUCCUGAGGUUUCUGCGGGCGCGCAAGUUCAACCAGGCAGAGACCUUCCGGCUCCUGGCCCAGUAUUUUCAAUUCCGCCAGCAGAACCUGGACAUGUUCCAGAGCUUCAAGGUGGACGACCCGGGGAUCAAGAGGGCUCUGAUGGACGGCUUCCCAGGUGUCCUGGAGACUCCGGAUCAGCAUGGCCGGAAGAUACUCAUCCUAUUUGCUUCCAACUGGGACCAGGGAAGGAGCUCUUUCACAGACAUCCUCCGAGCCAUCCUCCUCUCCCUGGAGGUUCUCAUAGAGAACCAAGAACUCCAGAUCAACGGCUUCAUCUUGAUCAUCGACUGGAGUAACUUCUCCUUCAAGCAGGCAUCCAAGCUCACGCCCAACAUUCUCAAACUGGCAAUUGAAGGCCUGCAGGACAGCUUCCCUGCUCGCUUCGGUGGGAUCCAUUUUGUGAACCAGCCCUGGUAUAUCCACGCCAUGUACACCAUCAUCAAGCCUUUCCUCAAGGACAAGACUAGGAAAAGGAUUUUCCUCCACGGGAACAACCUCAACAGUUUACACCAGCUUAUCCUACCCGAUUGUCUGCCGUCCGAGUUUGGUGGCACGCUGCCGCCCUAUGACAUGGGCAUCUGGGCACGGACCCUCUUAGGGCCCAACUACAACGACGAGACGGAGUACACACUCACCUACGACGCCCUCCAUGUCAAAGGGAGCUAUGGUGGCGGAGAUAAGGAAUGUGCCAACAAACUUCUGAAAAGGUCCGAGUCAGCCGUGGAGCCGGGUACCCUACGGCAAGCUGACAGGGACAACACGGCACAGCCACUCCUGGCUCUGGACUGAUCGCUCCGAUCCGUCCACAUUGUAUCCAAAGCACUCUAAUUUGUAUUCCAACCGCACUGACUCCAAAACCCUAAACUGAACUUUGAGAAAGUCAAAAAUGCAGGCACGGACCCAAAAUGGAGACUAAACCCUUGUUCACAUGGAGCUACUGUACUGAAAACCUCUCAUCUCUUGACUGUGAGCCAGUGCCAGUUUCAAAAGCUGUGCCAUCCACAUUCACUGGCAAAACUAUAGGUCACCAGCCAUCCAAAUCAAUGCCGAUAGGAGUAGAAUGAUUAAACUAAUGUUUGUUUUAACAGUACCACUAGGAAAGACUGACUGGCCGAGUUAAAUGUCCAAAAGCCCCGCAAACAGAAUGCCAAACUACUGUAUCUUACUGUUUUAGGGGCUGUCAUUUCUAUGAAAGUCAAUAUAUUUCAAGAUUGUAUAUUUAUCAGGGCUACUGCACUAUCAGUGUGAUCUCCAUCGAACCAAAAUGUAUUUAAGUCAACUUUAAAAGAAUGUAUAGGAAAUGUAUUUUAAGUUAUGUGUUGUGUUCAUUACGUGUGUGUGUGUUCAGGUUUUGUCAUCGCAAAUCACACAGAGGAGUAUAAUUUCAAAUGAGAUGAAUCACAUUAUUGUUACACUAUAUAAAUGAAGCUACCUAUGUAAAUAAACACAACUUUCUGUUUAUGUUUAGAUCACUUGA